AAUCACGUGACGUAAUAUUUAUAAAAUGGCGGAGAACGACGACGAGGAUGAAGAUGGUCCUCUCACAAUGAAUUGUGAUAGGCUAACUCCUGAGAGAGAAUGGGAGAUGAAACAUAGUAGCUCUCUCCAGAUUAUUCUGGAGAGGAUCGCCAACCAAAAGAUAAGAGAAGAUCUAGAAAUUGAAGAGAUCGACUGUGUUUUGGUACCAAGGCCACAAUUUUGGACACAAUUGUUCUUGUCACAUUUUCAAGAUGUAAAAGAAGAUGAUAGCAAAGAUGACAUGCUUUUUUACGUCCGCAAAACACCUAGUCAGAAUAAGAUAAAUGUAUAUCAGACUGAAGUGGACGUGUUUAGGAGAAGUUCAAAGAACUUGCCAAAUAUUGAAGCAACAAAUAUAGACUGGGAAGAAACUGUCUAUUUGAAUUUAAUUAUGCAGCAUUUUGAGUAUACUGUCACAUGCGCUGUUUGUACAAGAACUAGCAAAAAUGAGAUACAAAUUUUAAAAAAAUGCACCCAAAAGGUCUAUGCAUCUCCUAGCAAAAGAAAUAUGGAUUCUAAAGGUACUUCAGAACAAUUAACAUAUCCUAAUAUCUUUUUUACUGUGGAUAAUUUUGAGGAGGCUUUCUCAGACGUAAUCAUUCGGGAUAGCGAAUUGGUCUGUGUUGAGUUGGUAGCCCGAGAUAGGAAAAGUAACUUUGAAAGCGUUCUAUUCUUAGGUAGUAUUCGAUACGAAGCCUUAAAGAAAGUCUAUGAUGCUAGGACUACUGACCGUUGGCAAAAGCUAUUUAAAAAACAUAAAAGGGUAGAGUUUAUGAAAAUGCGUGGACCUAGUGGAAAGGGUUGUGCUGAGAUGGCUGUUACAAAAGUUAAAGGCUGUGGACCGGAAACUCCGGAACAAACGCCAACAACUGAACAAUUUCCUUACGAGGAUUUUGAUUCGUUUAGCGAAAGGCGUAUGAGCGAUCCGGCGUCUCAACAAUCUUGGAGUAUGUUCUCAAAGAUGAGAAAAUCACGAUCGGAAACAGAUAGCGUCGUUAAAAUAACUGAAGUCGAGGCAAACGAGAUACGAGAUGAGUUGGAAACCGAAAAGGGAUUUUGGGGAGCGUCUUUCGGACAGGCUUGGGGCUGGUUUAAAGAGCGUCGCAGAGCGAAUAGUUUAGCGCUGCAUUGCUAUCUGACAUUUAUAACACUUCCUUGGCAUAGAAUCGUGGCGGAUUUCAUAAUCACUGUUAUUGAUAUCUGUUGUUUUGUUGUAGAUGUACUCGAAACGAAGCAGUGCUCCCUACUAACCUUCGACUAUGGUACACUGCCCUCUUAG